UCAGCCAAGAUGAGACACUCCACUCAAAUUACAUCUCUUUUGCUGCUUUGGACUGCUCUUAGCACUUCAGCUGUUGUUUUAGGACUUUCCAUACCCAACACUCUCCGAAAAUCCCCACUGGGCCUAUCACAAAAUCAGCAUCCUAUAAUGGAUAAAUACAUCCCAGAAAUCAUCAAACCGCAGCCUGCUGGUCCUGGCGGUGAUGCAGAUUCACCUGUGAUAUCUGAUGUUCUCCCCAAAACUAAGGGAAUCAACAUCUUUGCUCAGCUUACCCGUGACUUUGAUCCUAUCUCCUCCCGUUUGAAUGAUGCCUCAAAGAAUAUCACCGUGCUAGCACCUCGGAAUAGUGCUGUCCAAGCCUUGCCACGGAAGCCGUGGGAGGAUCCAGAAGACUAUGCGAAAUUUGGUGAUGUGAAUGCUUAUGAGGGGCAGGAUGGCCAAGACCGGGCGAGGAGCAAUCUGGAGCGAUUUGUCAAAGCCCAUCUUAUUCCUGUUAGCCCAUGGAACGAAGGAGAGGAAGUAGAAAGUUUAGGGGGAGAGAAGCUGAAGUGGACCAAGGAAGGAGAUAAGAUAUUCAUUCAACCCGGGAAUGUCGAGGUGGACAGCAUCGCGGAGAGAGUCGCCAAUGGCGAAGUCUGGGUGCUGAACAAUGUGAUCAACUACCGUUGA